UUUCCGCGUACUGCCGUUAGCAUCGGUCUAAUAUGUUUCGCAACGGAGCGUCUCGCCUAGCUCAAAGGUCCGUCGCAGCACCAAAGGCUGCGCGAUCAGCGGCACACUUCACCCGCACAGCACCAUCACACCAAUGGGUAGCCCAAUUCGGAUCCCUGGCUUCGAGGAGGCCACAGCUGGCUCAGAAGGCGGCUGCGCUGAAAUCGCCUUCAUCUGCCAUCCUGCGCCGAAGCAUGGCAGAGGGAAAGUUGACGGAAGCACAGAAGAAGGCUGAGAGCAGAUAUAGACAAGAGGAGCUUAAGCCCACACCAGAGACUGUUACGAGCACCAGUACUACGCAUCCUUUGUUUUCAGAGGUUGGUGCCGAGACGCCGAAGAACGAGGUUGACAUGACGGCGGGCAUCAAGCAUGAUGUAAACACAGUCAAGGACACAUUUUCGCUCGCUGCAGUGCCCCGCGAAGCAUACUACAUGGGUCUCGCCGGCACACUUCCCUACCUCGCAACAUCGCUUUCUACCGUUUACCUCUCCUGGGAACUCAACCACUCGAUCGCCGGUUACGGCUUCAUGUUCUCCGAGAAGAACGCCACAUUUCUCCUGCACCUGAUUGAGCCCGUACAAAUCGGAUAUGGCGCGUCGAUUUUGAGUUUUCUCGGUGCUAUCCACUGGGGCCUCGAGUGGGCUGGUUACGGCGGCUACCAGGGAUACAAGCGCUACGCUAUUGGCGUCGUAGCACCUAUGGUUGCUUGGUCUACACUUCUCAUGCCUGUCGAGGGUGCAUUGGUCGGCCAAUUUCUAGGUUUCAUCGGAUUGUACUAUGUCGAUACUCGAGCAACAUACCGAGGCUGGACGCCCAACUGGUAUGCUACAUACCGUUUAGUCCUUACUAUGAUUGUCGGCGCCAGCAUCGUCGCUACCCUCAUUGGGCGCAGUGAGCUUCCAGAGCAUAUUCCUGGCUCGGUUGACCGCGCGAAGGUCUUCAAAGACGAGGGCUCAUCAGAGGAAAAGCUUGCAGAGCAUGAGACAGCAUUGGCGGAGAAGAAAAAGAAUGCUGCUCGCAGCGAUGACAGGGGCAAGAAUUAGAUUUCGCCAAAUGAAGCACCCUCGGUGUUUCUGGCUACGAGAGAUGACGAUUUGGUAAUUUCAUAUUAAUAUGUAGUUUAUGAGUAAGAGAUUCUUCAAUACUGUA